AUGGACCUGAUAAAGGCUGCUGGGUUGUUGAAGACUAUGGUUGGGUUCUCUCAAUGCUAUGAGGGUUUAGUUAAGGAAUUCAUUGUCAACAUUCUUGAGGAUAUUGCUGAUAAGAACAACAAGGAGUUCUGCAAGGUGUAUGUGAGGGGUAAGUGUAUAUCAUUUUCUCCUAAUGUUAUUAAUAACUUUCUAGGCAGAGAUAAUGAGGGUGCUGGAGAACUAGAAGUUACAGACAAUCAGGUCUGUAGGGAGAUCACAGCUAGGCAGGUGAACAUUUGGCCUGUUAAAAAGCAUCUUCCUGCUGGGAAGUUGACUGUCAAGUAUGCUAUCUUGCACAAAAUAGGAGCUGCUAAUUGGGUCCCUACCAACCAUAUCUCCACCAUUGCUAAUACCCUUGGAAGGUUUAUUUUUGUUGUUGGAACAAAAGUAAAAUUUGACUAUGGUAGAUUUAUGUUUGAACAAAUCAUCAAGCAUGGAUCUACUAAUGCAGUUAAGUUGCAUAUUGCCUUUCCCUAUAUGAUCUGUGGAAUUAUCUUGAAUCAACACCCUGGUAUUCUGUGCUCUAAUGACUUACCUAGUAGAAGAAGACCUGCCCUGUUUGUGCACUAUAAAAUAUUUGAAGGCAGUCAUGUCGAGGAUAUUGUCAUGACAUCAGCCAUGAAAAGGCCAACCUCAAAAUUUGGAACUAUUGUUGAGCUUAAGAAGACAUGCAAAGAGCUAGGUGAAGGGAUAAGGAUAGCCACAACUAGAAAACAAUCGUUGGAAGCCUUUAUUGCAAGCUUGGAGCCGGCUGAAGGUGAAAAUAUUGAACAUGCUAAAGAAGCUGAAGCCCACACCUCUAGUGAGAGGUCUGCAAACAACGAUGAGACAAGUGGCAAUUCUGUUUCUGGUGCUAAUGAAGUUGCAAGCUCAAGCUCAACUGAGUAG